UGAAGGGAGGGUCCGACGCCGUCACACCAACAACAGAAGGUUUGCGUUUCACUUUGCAAACUGCACCUACUAUCAAGAAGAAGAAGAAGACGUUCCACUCCCUGGGUCGUCGUCGUCAUCAAGAAAAAGCUAAAUUUCCGCGCGUCAAGUUCUGAUAUUGGUGUAAUACACACGUCUUCAACAGCCCAUAUUGUUAAGACGCUGGGCGAAGAGUUGUUAAGAGUGUUUGCUCGGCCUAGAGUCAUCGGGAAGAUUUCUGAAUUUUAGAGCAACUGAACUUGGAUUUUCACUGUUUGGCAAAGAAUUCUGUUCGACUUCUCUGGGUUCAAGAGAACACCUGGCGUUAAUAUCUAGUUGGGUCACUGAGUGUCGAUAGUCUUUCAGUUGAUCGUCUGUUCGGGGUCCAUUGCUUUCCUCUCCAAGCAUAGUAUUCCUUCAGAGUACUAUAUGGUCGUAAUGCCAUUGUGCUUUCUCCUGAUAAUUACCUUACCUCUCCAAGUGUAACCAGACGUUCAUGCAAACUGCACAUACCAUCAAGAAGAACCAGAAGUUGUCAGAAAUUUGUCAAUUUAUCGCAAGUCAUUAUUGUUUUCUGUCAACGGUGUGGCUCAUGUGGUCCAUCACCAUUGUAGCCACUAAAUUACCAUCAACCAACCAAUCAUUAGUGUCAACCAACCACAUGCUUGUGCAAUCGGCUUGAGAAAAACAUUCGCAAGAACUAAACGCAUAAUAAACAAGAAGUCUACACAUAUCUCAAGAUAACACCCAUCACACCAAGUUUCCCUCGUGGUCUCCAAGACACCACCACUUCACACAACUCCUGCAGUCAUCAGGAGAAAUAACCUUCACUCAAUCUACAUGUGUUGUAUAAAAAAUGGGGUGGCGGAGAGUGCUUUGGAAGAAGCAGCCCUUCCCGGAUAAUUAUGUUGGAGACUCUUUUCUUAGAGUCAGCAAAAAAUGUAAAAAACUGUCUUUAUCCGAGACAUUAUACGGUGCAACAGCUGUCACACAGGAAAUAUGCAGCUGUGUUGGUUUGGUGGUGAUAUUCUUUGGUAUAUCAGAAGGUAACCUGAAUGCUUCAGUUGUGUUGGCACUGACAGCUUCUCUAAGUGUUAUUGGUUAUGUUAUGACAAGAGCCCAGCUUGCUGCCUCAGUUAAGGAUGACUUUAAGGUGGCAUGUUUCUAUGUAGUUUUGAUCGCAUGUGCUUCUCCUGUGGUCAAGACCUUGACAGGAAGUGUUGCCACGGACUCCAUAAAUGCCUGCACAACCUUUCUGCUGUUUUUACGACUUAUAGUUCAUGAUUAUGGGACAGCAGUUGCUAUUGUUAAUCCGACUGUCUCGCACAACGUUGGAGUGUUUGCAUCAGUUUGCUUGGCUUCCAGACUGGAUAAUGACCGCGAUGUCUUUACUCUAAUGACAGUAGCUGUAGCACUCUUUGCUCUUUUUCCGAGCUUCAGACGAUACUGCCGGGAUCACCUUGGGAGAGGUUGUGACCUUCUAACAACUAUAGCAGUGGUGCUAUUUACCACCAUUGGCACUCUUCUCUUCGCUCCACACCUCCAUCUCGUCUUCGUUUUAGCGUUGUUAAUUUGUAACUUUUUCGUACCAGCUCUUUUUGUCUACUUCCAGAGUUAUAAACAAAAUAUAUAUGGACCUUGGGAUGAGGCACAAAUCGAAGAUAGAGAAUCACCUUCGUAACGUGAUGGUGCCACGUUCAAGCAGAUUGAGAAACUCAACUGGAGCUCUUGGGCAACUCAGACCAGCGACCAAUGAACUGCCAGCCGCAACCUCCACCACUGUACCACCCUGACCUAUCUAAGAGUCACCUAAGAGCUUUAGUUGAUUUUCUCAUAUAUGUCACGUUAAUGUGAUUUCUGUGUUCAAGCAGAUUGACGUACAGGUGUGCUAACACUGACGCCACAUGAUACUUUCCAAGCAGUUCAUGAAUUUAAAAAGGUAUGGAUGCACAUGAUUUUUAAUCCAGGCCAGAGGGGAGGGAAUUAUCAAGGGAAAGCACCAAGCCAUUACAACUGUAUAGCACUUGGAAGGGAUCAGGAUAAGGAUUUGGGAUGAUACAGGGAAAAGCAAUGGUGUCCAACCACUUGGACGGUCGGGGAUUGAACGCUGACCUGCCUGAAGCGAGAUCAUUGCUGUACCAUCCAGCUUAAGUGGUUGGAUAAUCCAAGCCAGAAUAAUCAACUGAGAUCAAUUCAUAAAUACUAAAACCUUUCUGAACCCUCCCAUGGCCUCAUUAGUGACCACCAGCAAGAACUCUUGCUAAUGAGCAGUUUGCUAAACUGACUGCCUAAACCAGACAGACACUUGCCACUGGCUACUUCAACUUUUCCAGAGAUAUCAAGUUAAUUGUUAGGAAAUACAACUUAAGAGUGAGUGAUGUAUGUAAUGGUGUAGCAGGUCUACAGUAUAAAGCAAAACAACCAUGCAGCAGAGAAAGCAGGGAGAAUACCCUAGCUGGAUAUUUGGAAUUAUGAAGGAACUGUUACAAAAAGAUGGCUUUCUAACAGACAUUUUGAAUCCUACUGAAGUAACAUGUGUGUUGUAUGAACCGUGUGGUUGGAGUGAUUUUGAUCCAGGGUAACCUAAGAAUCUGUUGAUGGAGAAUAUGAACAUUUUUAUAUAACUUAAUAGGAUGAUUAGUUUAGGUUCUUUAAAUUUUCUACACAUCAUCCUGAUUUUGUUAUAUGAAUUGUGCCAGUAUGUAUUUUACUGAUGUGAUGGCAAACUACUUUCUUUUUCCAAUAUAAAAUAUAUAUCACCUUACAAAUUGUAAGCUAAAUAUUGCUCACUUUAUUCCAAAAAUACACACACCCGUUUAGUCCAGCCAUUAUUGUAAUGAUUUGUACAAGUUUUUAUAGACAUAGUUUCUAAUUCUGAAUUUGACAAUUGUAAUGGUUUAUCACUAGUUAAUCACUAGUAAAUGUAGUUUCUAAGUCUUGAAUAUAUAA